CUGAUGGUCCUUCUUAUCCAAGGAGACACUGUCCUCUCAUUUAGACCUACAUUCCUAGUUUUCAUGCGCCGGCGCUGCGUCUAAAGCGUGUUUGGUGUUCAGGUGUACAGCUGGCUGAUGUGUGCCAUCGGUUUGUCUCAGACACUCGCUCAAAGUAACUUUGCAGACUUGUCAUAUGAAUCCGUGAAGUCCAGCAGUGAAGAAACGACAGAAUGUCAACAUCCAUGGAAAUAACUGAUUAACAGAGAGCCCCCGAGGUUUUCAGCAGCGUGGGAUAGAAGAGACUGUCGUGGAGGAUUCCCAGUCCUGUGUGGGAUGUUAACGGACUGGUGGUGCGUUGAGGCUGAAGGAGCAUGGUGAAACACCAACCCUUACAGGUCUAUGAGAAGCAGGUGUUUGUGUCCUUUGUCACUGGGAUCUAUGGUUGCCGCUGGAAACGCUACCAGCGUUCCCAAGACGACAGCUCCAGGUGGGAGUGUACAUGGUUCCUCAUCCUGUGCAGUUCUUUCCUCCUGCUUCUCUUCUGGGCCUACUUCUGGUUGGUGGCUCAAAAUGAUUUCAACGAGUUCAAUUGGUCUGUAUACAACCACUCUGGUAAAUGGAGGGAUGAGACGAUCCCUAUCCUGGCAUCCACCACCGUGGGAUUCAGCUACAUUACUUUCUUACUGAUUUUAGCUCUUUUCCACAUAUCCUUGGGUCAACAGCUGAAUCUCUACUGGGUUCACAAGAUUGGGGUGUUGGCUACAUUUCUCACCACUAUCUCUGGCGUCGUCUCUGUUGAUGACAUAUGGGGAGACGAGUGGGACAUCCUGCUUGUGUCACUGCAGUCCACAGCACCAUUCCUGCAUAUUGGAGCCUUGGCGACAGUCACAGCUAUGAGCUGGUUGGUAGCUGGAUAUGUGGUCCGCAGAGAGAGAUCUAAUUUCCAGGUGAUGGUGUUGCUGAUCUACAUCAUCAUCCUCCUGGCUCUCUACUUAGCUCCACUCACGUUCACCUGCCCCUGUAUUAUGGACCGCCACAGCCUCAAACCUCGACCUCAUAUCAUUGGUCGACGGGGUGCUCCUAUGCUGGCUCCAGAAAACACCGUGGUGUCCUUUCACAGAGCCCUGCAGCAUGGAGCCAGCUCCCUGGAGGCCGAUGUCACUAUCAGUGUUGACGGGGUUCCUUUCCUCAUGCGAGACCGCACAUUGAGGCGGACCACAGAUGUCAGUAAGGUCUUUCCAGCCAGACAGUUUGAUGAUGCCUCUUUCUUCAACUGGACAGAGAUUCGCUCUCUAAAUGCAGGCCAGUGGUUUUUGGAGAGUGACCCCUACUGGACAGUAGAAACCCUGACAGCGAGGGACCGGAGCAAAAUAGGCAACCAGACCGUUUGCAGCCUGGUGGAGCUGCUGCGACUGGCAGCCAGGGCCAACAGCUCCGCACUGCUGAACAUCCGCAGGGUUCCAUCCGAGCAUCCGCGCUACCGGAGCUGGUUCAUGGAUACGCUGUGGGCCGUGCAGAAAGCAGGGAUUUCCCCGAAACGGGUGAGGACUGUGACGUGGACCCCUGACACCGACAGGGGGAGGGUGCGAGGGCUUCAGCAGACCACAACCGAGAAGCUGUCUGUGGAGGAGAUAAGACAGAGGGGAAUCACAAGCCUGACCCUCCACUACAGCAAGGCCAGCCACAGAGACAUACAGGAGUAUCUGGCCAAUAAUGUGAGUGUGACCGUCUACCCAGUGAAUGAGCCCUGGCUCUACUCCACUCUGUGGUGUAGCGGGGUGCCUUCUGUGUCCUCUGAUGCCCCUCAAGUCCUCCGAAAGGUGCCUUACCCCAUCUGGCUCAUGAGCCGGAACGCUUACAACUUCAUCUGGAUCGCUUCAGAUCUAGUCUCCAUCGCCAUAGUCAUAGGGAUUUUCUGUUUUCAGAAGUGGAGGAUGAGCGGGAUGCAGAACUAUAACCCAGAACAGAUUAUGCUGAGCGCCAUGGUACGACGGUCCAGUCGGGACGUCAACAUCAUGAAGGAGAAGCUCAUAUUCUCAGAACUAAACAAUGGGCUCAGCAGUACAGAGGAGCUUUCUCUGUAUCCUGAGAAUGGCUAUGCGAGAUAUUCUCAUGGAGGCCUCAGUCACUGAGCAACACGGCCGCAGACGGAACAUCCUGGAUGUUAGCUUCAUUUCAGAGUUUUGACAGUAAUUGAAAAUUAUUUUCUUGUGAGAAGGAAAAAGCAGCACACGAGGGAAACUGAUCUAAAUAGGCACCUUACUCUUGAAGUGAUGAUAGCGCAUCAAAUCUCGUCUAAAGUAUGGACAAUGAUUGUUUCCAUCAUAUGGCCAGUUUAUAAAAUAAUAAAGUAAUUAUGCACCUGCUAAUGUAUGAGUUCAUUUUAAAAUGUAUGUCAGGAAUUCUGACAUAUUUGUCCACUGGGCAGUGAUUUUUAUCAGUACAGCCUUUCAUCAUCCAAUUCUGUGUGUACUUUUUUUUUCCAUUAUUCUGUAUUUGACUGUCAGUCUAAUCCACAAUCCUGUAAAACAGUUCACCAUUUACUUUUAAGACUGAGUCACUUUGCCACUUUAAUGUUUUGAAAGUUACGAUGAAUCAUCAAACUCAUGAAUGGGAAGUUUCCCGUGUGAGCGCAUGGCUGUUUUGUGUCUAUGAUGUCAUCACUUCACGGGAUCACGGACGAAUGGGCAAACAGCUCAAAAUCAGCGAGUCAGGUAGAGUCAGAGUCGCUGACUCCAUCCGGUGAAACUGGAAUUAGUUAUACUUUGUAAGAAAUAUGUUUGAUAUUAGUUUGAAUCAUAACUUUAAAGCAACUCACAUUUUAAUGUAGAAACUUAGUUUUCUUGGAGUUGAAAUGAUUGAAACACAUUGUGUUUGUCACUAGAAUAUUCACUCAUUCAACAUGACUGGCUAAACUUAGACAUCUCUGUGGGUAUUGGGCCAAAAAUCCAGAAAUCGAGAAGAACUUCUGUUCAGUCUAUUUGCUCCAGUGACCUUCUCAAAAGUUUUGUUUGAGCUAAUAAAGCUGGACUGUUGUAUUUUUCCAUGUCAUUUACUUCACUGUUGUUUUAUAACAGAGGAAAUGAGCUGUGUAGUGUUCUGUAACAUACACUGAUGUAAAUAUGAGUCAUUUUACAUGUUUCUAUUUUUUUUCCCUCUGAGAGGAUUUCCAAUGGUUUGGACAUGUGAACUGCAUAUUUUAUGUUUGCAUUUAUUGUCAUUAUGACUGAUGUCCUCUUUGAAGUGUGACACAGAUUAGGGCUCAUGUUUUCUUGCAGGUUCAUGAUGGGAUGAGGGUGGGGGGGGUUGGAGGGGCCAGUGUUCUGCUUUUUUUUUCUGCCUCUCUUCUGUCCUGCCAUGAUUGAUUUACUUUAUAGUCAUAUUAGUCAUUACAACUUUCACAUGGCUGCCUUUUUGUUAAAUGAAUGGACUGGUAGAAUCUUACAGAGUAUGAUUUGUCUUUUAGUUUAAUAAUAGGGGUUCACACUUCAGACUACAUCUACAUUUUUAGCUGCAGACAUGUCUGUUCAAUAAAAGUGAACUUUUCUCCUUGAAA